AUGGACAACUUUUUCAGUGACAAGACAUAUGCCAUUUCCGGCGGUGCAAGUGGGAUCGGCCUUGCAGUCAGCAAAGCCCUCCUGCGUCAGGGCGCGAAGGUGUCGAUAGGCGACAUACGCAUUGAUGACACAAUACUGCAACAGCUGGCAACAGAAGCUCCUGGGAUCCAAUGGCCAGGCAAGACCGAGGACAGGAUCUUGCUGAAGAAGGUCGAUGUUCGCUCGAGAGAAGACGUCGACAGCUGGAUCAAUGAGACCAUUGACAGAUUCGGUGCUCUCGAUGGUGCAGCCAACAUGGCUGGGACGAUUCCGAGAGACCACAACAUCGGGACCAUUGAGACAAUGGAGGACGAGGACUGGGAUUUUGUCUUCGGAGUCAAUGUCAAUGGUAUGAAGAACUGUCUUAGAGCCCAGUUGAAGUACAUGGGCAAGGAUGGUAGCAAGCACGGCAGCAUAGUCAAUGCUGGAAGCGGACUGAGUUUGGAAGGCAGAGAAGGAACCAGCGCCUAUACUGCAAGCAAACAUGCAGUGUUAGGUUUGACUCGAUGCGUUGCGAAGGAGGUGGGAAAGAGAGGGGUCAGAGUGAACUGCAUUGCGCCAGGCUUCACAGAAACGCCAUUGAUGAAGCAGUCAAUGAGCAUCGAAGGGUCCGAGUCCAAAGAGGACUUUUCAGUCACAGCAUUGGUGAUAAAGCGAGUUUUGUCACUGGUGCUUGUAUUUCAGCGGAUGGUGGAUGGCAUUGUUAUGUUCUUGACGUUGCCUCGAUGCAUUAUUAACAUGACCGUUCAACGCGCCGUCCAGCAUGCCUCACGGACGGUGUGCUCCGUAAAACCCGACCCCUUCCGACCCCGUCAUUACUCCUCUCGAACAUCGCUCCCCGAGGGAAGCAGGUCAGCAAUCUCACCGCGCUGGCUGUCGGACACAAAGGCCCGUAUAGGAAAAUGCAUCACCUUCGGCAUGCCGGAGAGCCUCGUCGACGAGGCUGGGCGGAUAUUGCGCGUCUUAGGCCGGGACUGGCGUGAGCUUGUCGCUGGCAGCGAGGGCUAUCUGACAGACCCCAAAAGAGCUGGUCUACACCGACACAACAUCGUCUGGGGCGAGCAAGACUCGAUGGGCCACGUCAACAACGUCAUGUAUGUGCGAUAUGCGGAGAGUGGAAGGUGCAACACCAUGCGCAAUUUCGCCAAAUACGUUGAUCCCCAGCACCGGCAAAAGUGGGAAGAUAUGCUAACGAGCCGCGGAAUCGGACUGAUCCUCAAGAGUAUCACGGUGGACUUCAAGUUCCCCAUGACUUGGCCGGACAGGAUCUCCGUGUAUCAUAAACUCCGGACUUGUCCAGACGAGAAGACGACGUCGCUGAUAUUGGACGUGCUGAUUCUCUCGGAGAAUCGCCAGCGCCCGGCGGCACGCUGUCUGGAGGACGUCGUGGUGUACGACUACAGGCUCGGCAAAAAAAGCCCGAUGGAACCUUUCAUGGUUGAAGAGCUGAAAAACACAUUCGAACUGCAAGAAGCGGCGAAGAGAGAAAACCAUGCCAGAGUUGUCCAGCUCGAGAAUCAGGUUCGAGAGCUGGAGAAGCGGACUUGGGACCGCCCGGAUGCGAAGGAGGACUUUGGAAUUGCUCAGAAGUCAUGA